AUGCUCUUUGGAGGUGUGGUUGACAUGGAAGUUGGAGGUGAUGUAAUGAUGAGCUUGUUCUUGGACGAACUGUAUGGCUUCCAAUUAGACAACCAUCGGUGGUACCCAUUAGAGCUACGGAAGGCGAAGUCAACAAAAGAUAAGAGUUCUGGACGAAAGCGUAAAAAUGAUGAUAAGAUAAACUCAAUUGAACCAGAGGAAUGUGCAACGAAUGAAAAAGAUGUGAACUCUGAGAAUGAUGAAGCAGCAGAUGACUUCGAACGCAAAGUUGACGGUAUAUCGCAUCAAAUGGCUAAAACCAUUACUGUUGGUAAUGAUCGGUUAGCUGACAAAUCUGAUGGAAAGAUACAUGAAUCUACUGCUAAUAUGGAUACACAAGACAAAUCUGAUGGAAAGAUACAUGAAUCUACUGCUAAUAUGGAUACACAAGAUUAUGAUUUGCCAGAGGUAGUGAAGCCCUGUGGACGUAUCAAUUCUUGCAUGGUUGUUGGAAGAGAUACAUUAUAUGUUUACGGGGGAAUGAUGGAGGUUAAAGAUCGAGAAAUUACACUCGAUGAUUUGUAUUCUCUAAAUCUUAGCAAACUUGACGAGUGGAAGUGCAUCAUACCGGCAACAGAAACUGAAUGGGUGGAGGCUUCCGAGGAUGAAGAUGAGGAUGAAGAUGACGAUGAUGAUAGUGAAGAUGAAGGUGAUGAAGAUAGUAACAGUGAUGAGACCGAUGAUGAUAAUGAUGAAGAGAAUGGGAAAGAUGGAUGGAUUCAGAUGGGGGAUGCUGUUGUUUUAAUCAAGGGUGAGGGAAAGAGUCUCCGUAGGAAAGAGAAACGGGCCAGAAUUGAGCAGAUCAGAGCCAGUCUUGGACUUUCAGAUUCGCAAAGAACCCCAACGCCUGGUGAAACUUUGAGAGAAUUCUACAAACGUACAAAUAUGUACUGGCAAAUGGCGGCACACGAACAUACUCAACACACUGGAAAGGAGCUCCGCAAGGAUGGUUUUGAUCUUGCUGAAGCGCGAUACAGAGAGCUUAAACCAAUUCUCGAUGAGUUGGCCAUAUUAGAGGCAGAACAGAAGGCUGUGGAGCAAGAACCGGAAACUAGUACCAAAAAAAGAGGCAAGAAGAAAAGAUAA